AUGUUUCAUCUAUCUAUCUAUCUAUCUAAGUCAUAUCUCUCUACGUCUCAUCUAUCUAUCUAUCUAUCUAUCUAUCUAUCUAUCUAUCUAUCUAAGACUUUUCUAUCUAUCUAUUGGACGGUGUGGCGCCAGGACCUUAGUUACAUGGUAUCUAUCUAUCUAUCUAUCUAUCUAUCUAUCUAUCUAUCUAUCUAUCUCAGUCUUUUCAUAUCUUUUAUCAAUAACAGUUUAUAUCUAUCUAUCUAUCUAUCUAUCUAUCUAUCUAUCUCAUCUACUGAUAACUAUUUCUACAUCUAUCUAUCUAUCUAUCUAUCUAUCUAUCUCAGUCAAUUCGUAUCUAGUUAUCUAUCUCAGUCUAAUGAUAACUAUUUCCACAUCUAUCUUAGUCGCUCUAAUAGUCUGGCAUACUCGGGUUCGACUGGUUUCUAUCUAUCUAUCUAUCUAUCUGUCAUCCACAGAGAAACUGGCCAGCCUGAAGGGGAAACUCCGCGGAAGGACCGGGAAGCCUCAGCAGAUAUACCAGAUCAGGCCUUUAACUGCAGUCGCUGGGGUCGGACUAGCCUGAAGUCGACGUGGACAGCCCACUUCAUAAAUCUUUGUUCACGAAGCCAGGCCCUAGAAGAAGAUGCUGAGUGA